UUGGACGAGUUGCAAGAGCUAGCAGCAGUAGCCGCUUUCAUAGCAGCACUACCACAGAACAUGAUUCCAUGCUCGAUAGACCCAGCCAAACCUAUUGACCCCCAACUUGUACUUGACUUCGACACUCGUAGUCCACGCGCCGCAGACGAAUUAAACCAGAUCGUGCAAGACGUGUGGUCUCAAUAUCCUGUUAUGUUGUUCACCAAGAGAUAUCAGUCUCUACAACGCAUCAUUGCAGUUAUGGACUUACAACCGCCUCCUAUGACUUUUGAAGUUGAUCAACGAGAAGACUCAGAAGUUUUGAUCCCUUUGUUACAUCAUCUCACAUCUUCAACCGAUCUUCCCCUCGUGCUCAUUGGGGGCAAGUCUGUUGGCUCCAUAGCUGCCAUCCGUGAGCUUGAUGAGUCCAGCGAACUCUAUAUGUUGAUUACCAAUGCUGGUGCGGUCCUUGAUGGCAGACAGAAGAAAAAA